AUGGCUACAAUACCAGUUAACCCAAAACCUUUCUUGAACAAUCUGACUGGAAAGACUGUCAUCGUGAAACUUAAAUGGGGAAUGGAGUACAAAGGUUUUCUUGUCUCAGUAGAUUCCUAUAUGAACUUGCAGUUGGCAAACACUGAAGAAUAUAUCGAUGGACAAUCCACUGGGAAUCUUGGAGAGAUAUUGAUCAGAUGCAACAAUGUUCUCUAUCUUCGUGGGGUGCCAGAGGAUGAAGAAAUUGAAGAAGCUGAACAGUUACAGGACUGA